AUGUCGGUUUGGUCAGCCAGUACUGUCGGCAAUAAUCAUCACUACUUCCAACCAUCCAGUCGCUACUCUAAUAAUUGGUGUCCAAAUCCAAACAAGCAUAAGUGCGUUAUGUCUUCCGAGACUCCACUUCAAUCUGGUGAUGCCCUGCACACACCAGCAUACCUGUCAUGGCGUAAACUGCAGCUGAGUCGUGCUAAAUUGAAGGCAUCGAGCAAAACCUCGGCUUUGCUCUCUGGAUUUGCAAUGGUCGCCAUGGUCGAAGUUCAGCUAAAUCCUCCCAACCAGACGAAAGUUCCGCCCGGAAUGUUGGUAGCUUUUACAGUCUGUACAACAUUACUGGUAGCUGUUCACAUGUUAGCUCUCAUGAUAAGCACCUGCAUCCUACCAAAUAUAGAAGCUGUCGGCAAUCUCCACAGCAUCUCGCUAGUCCAUGAAUCUCCACACGAAAGACUCCAUUGGUAUAUAGAAAUUGCGUGGGCAUUUUCUACCCUGCUAGGUCUUAUAUUGUUCCUCGUAGAAAUAGCUAUAUUAUGUUGGGUGAAAUUCUACGAUCUAAGCGAAACGGCGGCUUGGUCUGCCUGCGUGGUCCUUAUACCAGUUAUGAUAGUGUUCUUAGCGUUCGCAAUACAUUUCUACAUGUCCCUAGCUACGCAUAAAUACGAAGUUACCGUGACCGGGAUCAAAGAAUUAGAAUUUCUCAAGGAACAAAUCGAACUUGGCGAUCAAGACUCCAGGAUGAAUAAUCUCACGCAUUUAGACCAAAACAGGAUCGUAUGA